UUUCCUCACAACCACCGAUUUUUUUUCUUUGUUCAAAGCCCUAAGCUCGAUCCGUUUAUCAAUGGCACCGAAGGCCGAAAAGAAGCCGGCGGAGAAGAAGCCUGCCGCCGAGAAGAAACCGGCAACGGAGGAGAAGAAGCCAGUAGCGGAGAAAGCUCCGGCCGAGAAGAAGCCCAAGGCAGAGAAACGAAUUCCUCCCAAGGAUGCCGGCGAGAAGAAAAAGAAGAAGAAGGCGAAGAAGUCAACUGAGACUUACAAGAUCUACAUCUUUAAGGUAUUGAAACAGGUGCACCCUGAUAUCGGGAUCUCAAGCAAGGCGAUGAGCAUAAUGAAUUCGUUCAUCAACGACAUCUUUGAGAAGCUUGCGCAGGAGUCAUCUCGCCUUGCUCGUUACACUAAGAAGCCAACCAUCACCUCCCGCGAGAUCCAGACUUCUGUCCGUCUAGUUCUUCCCGGGGAGCUUGCCAAGCAUGCGGUUUCUGAGGGCACUAAGGCGGUAACAAAGUUCACCAGUUCUUAGUUUUAGGGCUAGGGGUACAUGGCCUUCUGUAUUUUACCGUCCUCGUUUGAUCGCAAAGUUUUUUGCCUUAUUGUGUGUUUAAUCUAUUUUACUUUGUUAGGUUUGCUAUCUUGAUUAUGUUUAUAGAUCGAUCCAGCCUCACAAAUUGUCUACCUUAGUGGAAUGAAUUUGUAUUGUUUAUCAAUCAUUUGUUCUUUACUUACGCAAAUGAAAAAUGUAUCCUUCUUGAUUGAUUGAAACAAUUUGGGCCUGUAACAGUAUGCUACUAUCAAUCCAUAUGUAUCCACUCAAAUGAAUGCCACAAAUUUAUAAAAA